AACCAUACACAUGCGAGUACACCAUUAAAAACCACCAAAAUUUCGCAAAACUAAACCGCAAAUGACACAAUUUAUCAAAGUUCAAAAAUGCAGCCAUACCCUUAAUAUAACCACACUUUCUCAAAUCAUCAAAAUGGCACCAUCAAAAAUGAUUCUUAUUUGAAAAAACAAAAAUUAUACGUAUGUUCAUCAAAUUUCAAAACCAAAAAUAUGUAAUUCCAAAACAAAAACCGAAAAUAAAAAUCCAACUACCCCUAAAAUUUUAUCCCACAAAAAAUAACGUCCACCCCAAAAAAAUGUUCAAAUCGAAAUUUAAAUUUCACCACACCAUUGCACAAGAGGGUUGCAUUCAUAUUCGAAAAUAGGGGAAUUUUCGAAUCAGAUGUUUACCUUUUUCCCAUCCAUCUGUGAACAACUGAACUGAAGAACUACACCGAUGGGCUGGCAUGGUAAAAUCGAAUGCGCGCCACCAACAAGCUGUCAACAAUUUACCCGCCGAAAUGUAUAAUUGUGUGCGUUUAUCAUUUGGAAUAUUCGAAAAACUCCCAUAUCGUCUUUUUCACUUGUACUCGCGAGUCAGCCGGCUAUACACCUCGUAGACCAAGCAAGACCUCUCAUACUCUCUCCCAGUUCUACAUUCAGAAUUUAGAAGUAGGUAUAGCAAGAAAAAAACCACAUCCUUUUUUCUGAUCGCCCCCCCAUAAGUCUUUCGACGACAAAAGGGAGUCUCACUUGGUGAAUAGCUGCGCUAGAGAGUGAUACAUUGUUUGGUGAGGACAUCGUACGUGCUUCCCUCAAAGGACAAUUGACUUGUUACAAUUAAUUAGUGCUCAUAAUAAUUUGGUGCAUCAGCAGCUCCCACGCAGCUCCUAGUGAACUUAAUCUAAUAUUCCAGUGAUCAGAUUAAUAUUGUGUGGAUUUUGAAAAUCGUGAACUAUUGAGGUUCUAAUACCGAGAGUGUGGACAAAAAGUGAAUCCUUAAACAGAGAACCUACAAAGUGCUUCCCUCAAAAGAAGACUCGAAAGUUUUACUCAAAGAUUUUACGUGUGAUUAAUAUUUCAUUCAAUUCUACAUAGAACAAGUGAAUUUUAAACUGCUCUGAAACAAACAGUUUGUUGGUUUAUUUUCAUUUAACACUUAAAUCCUUCCAUAAAGUUUGUUAAACCAGGUUUUCGUUAAUAAACUGAAACUUUCAAGGCAUCUUUACGGCUAUUGAGCCGUCUAAUUAUGGACUGUUUUCUGAGCAAAUCCCAAUUUAAAAAUGACAACUUCAAUACAAGCAGCAAUGAUUCAACAAAAAGUAAUAACAAUAAUAAAGUCAGUAGUACCACAACCAAUAGCAAUAGGAAAAGGAAAAAAUCGAAUAGUGAAGCAACAACAUCCACAUCCGGUCGCAGAUCGAAGACAAAAAUUAACGUAGGACUAAAUACAAAUAGUGAUGAUGAUACAGCUAUACAAUGGUUUUCUUCUUCGUCCUGCCAAUCUACAUCUAGUCUCUUAAGUAAUAAUGGCAAUUCAACAUUGAAAAAAAGAAAAAGACGUUCAUCAUCGCCUUUAGACAAGGAUCCAGAAUUGGGUCACGAUGGACCAUCGGCCAAACGUCAACACAUUGGCAUUGACACAACUACCACCACUGCAACAACCACCUGCUACACUACCAAUCAUCAAAAUAGCGAUCCUUCAAGUUCGGUACCUUCGUCAGUGUAUCCAUCACCAGUUGAUGAAUUUGUUGAAAUCGAUACCCGCAGUUCGGAUUGCGUUGCCCAUCCAACUUAUAGCCUUCCCACACCCGAAAGUCCCAAUAGUAUCGAAGAUGAAAUUAUUCCUGAAUCAUCAUCGAUUGGUUCAUUCGAAACAGCUUCGACAACAUCAGACAGUGAAUCCAACCAAGAGACACAACCCGAUGGACAUCGAAAAGUCAAAUCAUUUGAUGAUUAUGUUUCAAUGUAUGAUUGUAUGACACCUAUUGAACCAUCAGAACCGCGUUCAUGUCCAUUGCCUGCACUGUCCUGGGCUAAUGCCUCGGACGUGUGGAAUUUUAUGUGCAAAAAAGAUGAAGCCGCCUCAUACCUCCGUGAUUCAACAAUGUUAGACAAUCAUCCUGGACUACAACCACGGAUGCGGGCGAUCCUUCUCGAUUGGUUGAUUGAAGUUUGUGAAGUGUACAAAUUACAUCGUGAAACAUAUUAUCUGGCAGUUGACUAUCUCGAUAGAUAUUUGAGCACACAGAAACGAGUUCAGAAGACACAUUUGCAAUUGAUCGGAAUCACUUGCCUCUUCAUUGCUGCUAAAGUUGAAGAAAUCUAUCCGCCUAAAAUAGCUGAAUUUGCAUAUGUGACUGAUGGAGCGUGCUUGGAGGAGGAUAUUCUCCAACAUGAACUCAUUUUAUUGCAAGCGUUGGAUUGGAGUAUAAGUCCCAUGACAGCAAUGGGAUGGUUAGGGGUUUAUAUGCAGCUAAAUGUUAGUAAUAGAACACCAGCGUCACUAGCUGGUAAUAGUGCACCAGCAUCGACGACUAAAAAAGAAGGUGCUGAAUUCGAUGAUACAUUCAUUUAUCCGAAAUUCUCUGGAUUGGAAUAUGUUCAAACGGCACAACUGUUGGAUUUAUGUUCGCUAGAUGUUGGUAUUGGAAAUUUUCCAUAUUCAGUGAUAGCAGCUGCUGCAAUAAGUCAUACAUUUAAUAAAGAAACUGCCCUUAGAGUAUCGGGAUUAGAUUGGAUAACGAUACAACCCUGUGCUCGAUGGAUGGAACCAUUUUUCAUAGUCAUCAGCGAAGAAUCGGAACAUUUGUAUUUGAUGGAACAAAAUGAACAACUCACAUCAAAAUGUGGAAUGUCUUAUGUGUGUCCGAAUAUCGUAACUGAUGAUUCGCAUAUCAUUCAAACGCACACUACUUCCAUGGCAAUGUUUGAUAGAGCCUAUCUUAUUAGUGAACAAAACUCUGCCAUGGAAAAAACAAUUAAAACUGAAGCCUCACCUGCCACUGGUCUUAAAUGUCCUGAAGGUUUACUAACACCUCCAUCGUCUAGUCGAAAACCAUUAGAUGACGAUGGCAAUGAUGAUGAUUGUCAAUCAGAGAACCAUCGAGUACAAACAACAAAAUUGUCAUCAUCAUCGACCUCAUCAUUAGCCUCAACAACAUCGUCAUCAUCAUCUUCGUUAUCUUCAUCAUCAAUCACAACGGCAUCUUUAAAAGAAAAUCCAGAAAAUGUGCCCAACUUACAAAAGACUUAAUUAUAAACAAAACAAAAUAAACUACAAAAACAAAAAAACCUAUCUUAAAACCUGCUGCACAGCAAGUAUACAUAUAUAUAUAUAUACAUAAAUAUAAAUAUUUAUUCUUAGUCACUAAAUAAAAUUUUAGCUAAAUAAUAAUAUUAAUAGAUUAGUAAAUAGUUAAACUUAAAUUUAAAAUAAAUAAAUACAAAAAUAAAUAA